AUGACGACCUUAGACCCAACGCAGCGUUUUGUCGACCACCUCGAGGGCACAGGCCUCAGCCUUUUUGUUGUAUCCAUUGUUGGCGGCAUAGUCUCGCUAGUGGUGGUGGGGGCACGCACAUAUUUUCGGCUUAAGGAGAGAAACUUCAGCUUCGACGAUGGCUUGAUGCUGAGUGGAUUGGUUGUCUAUCUCGCAGAUGUUGCUCUUGCAUGUGUGGGUGCCCUCAGCGGGUUGGGUAGACGCAAUGCCGACCUUAGCGCGACGAUGAUGGUUGAGUCCAUCAAGUACUUGAUGAUCUGGAUGUUGCUAUACGUCAUAGCACUAUGUCUUGUCAAGUCCUCCAUCUGCAUCACCACUCUACGGAUUGCCACCACGAUGCCAAAGCUGCGUGUUGCCGUCUACGUUCUACUCGGGCUCAUCAUCGCCACAUUUCUGACGACUUUCAUCGGCAUUUUGCUACUCUGCCGGCCAGUCGAGGCAAACUGGGACGCAAGUCUCAUUGCAGAUGGCCGCGGGGAGUGUUCUCCUGUCACCUCUAUGUUGGGCUUGUCAUACACGUCAACAGCCAGCACCAUUGCGACGGAUCUGGCUUGUGCGGUUCUCCCGGCUAUCAUUCUCAUGCAGACGCAGAUGAGGUUAUCCACGAAGAUCAUGGUUGCAACUUUCCUGUCUUUCGGUUCUUUUGCUUCAGUAUCGACAAUGAUUAGAACCCCGUAUAUCGACCAUUACAAUCGUCCGCUCGACGAUCUCGCUUAUCACAUUGGCAAUAUUCCUCUAUGGUCCAACGUCGAAACUGCCAUCGGCUUGAUUGCAGGAUCUCUCCCCGCCCUGCGCCAGUUUGUUAUGCGACAUCGAGCACCACGAGCUACAAACCGAGGCACUGAGGGUUCCAUCGGACUACAGCCACCAUCAGCCGGGCUUGUGACAAUCGGUGGCUCUGGAGGGACAUCAAAGAUCAGGGGUCGGAAGGGCAUGAAGUCUAACUUUGAGAUCGAUGAAGCCGACCAAGGCGAUUGGACGCGUCUAGAGGAGGACAAUGGGUCGGACAAGGACAGCACUGUGCCAAUUCGGGGAAUCCGAAAGGAUAUGACUUAUGAAGUUGAGACGUUGCCGCUUCAAUUCCCAGCCGAUAUGAUUUGGGAUGUGAUCGUCGUGGGAGGCGGCCUUGCCGGGUCGGUCAUUUCCAGCCGGCUUGCGGGGUAUCGUCCAGAGCUCAAGAUCCUCGUUGUGGAAGCUGGGCCUAACGCCAACGAUCGGCAAGAUAUCGUCUGGCCCAACUCCACAAACACUAUUGGCGGAGAUUUUGACUGGAAGCUCGCUUCCGUUCCUCAGGCGCACGUGGACAACCGGUCCAUCACCCUCGCCCAAGGAAAGGCUCUGGGCGGCGGAACUGUCAUCAAUAUGGGCCUGUGGACCCGGGGUGACAAGGUUGACUACGAUCUCUGGGGUGAAGCUGUUGAUGAUGACCGUUGGACCUACGAUGGGCUCUUACCAUACAUGAAGAAAGCGGAGACAUUCUGGAAUUCUGCGAUAAACUCGGAUCAGCAUGGUUAUGACGGACCAGUCGGGAUACAAUCCGUCACAUCAACAAAGCGGCCAUUUCCUCUUCGCGAGAAGGUGCUACAGUCGUGGCAUGAAAUUGGCAUCGAACCCAUCUCGUUGUUCGAUGGCAACGCCGGAGCCCCUCUGGGUGUUGCCGAGUACACUGAGAACAAGAACAACGGGCGACGGGAGAUCGCAGCUGCAGUGUAUUCAUUAGAGAAUGUGACAGUGCUAACGGAUACACAAGUUGCCAAGGUCCUCCUUUCUAACUCAACAGAGGGGUUGACGGCGACAGGCAUUGAGCUAGUAAAUGGAACCCACAUUUUAGGUCGCCAGACUAUUCUCUCAGCUGGUGCAGUCCAUACUCCACAGCUUUUGAUGCUCUCAGGCAUCGGACCCCGUGAUGAGCUUGAAGCGGUGGGUGUCGACGUGAAGCUUGAUGCUCCUGAAGUUGGCAAAAACUAUGCCGAUCACUUCCUAUGUCCGUCAUCCUGGAAUGUCAAGAACCCCGGGGAAGGCUGGGCGGUAGGAUCUCCCGCAUUUCCGACAGCGGAACAGUACAGAUGGGGAACCGCCACAGACUUCAUCGUCUGCUCCAGUGUGCCAAAAGAGGGCCUCGCCAAGGCUAUCGAAGAAGAUGAGGGUGCCGCACCCGGCCCCGAUCAUCCUCUCUUGAAGCAAGAACGUACAUUCUUCGAACACUUCUUCCUCUACUCUGGGUCUAUCGACGGGUCAAAAGUCGCAAUCUCCGGCAUCUUCAUCUUGCCGACUUCGCGGGGUUCUAUCAAGCUUGCGUCUGGAAACAUCACCGAUUCGCCCCUGAUCGACCCCAAUUAUCUUGCGACUGCCGUCGAUCGCUACAUAGUGCGUGAAGGCAUCCGCCAAGAAAUUGCUUUUGCUGGCAGCGACACAACAGUUCUUGGCCGCGAGAUUCUCAACGGUGAAGCAGUUCCGGCAGGAUUUGAUGAGCCGUACUCUGUUAAUUCAACGGAUGAGUACAUCGACGCAAGGAUUCGUGCUGCUGCUCGAUCCGUUCAUCAUCCGAUGAGCUCGAUAGCGAUGGGAAAGGUAGUUGAUGGCGAUCUCAAGGUCAAAGGGGUGCAAGGCCUGCGUGUUGUGGAUGCGUCAGUCUUUCCGGUCGUUAUCUCUGCUCAUCUUCAAGUGGCCACAUUCGCUCUUGCUGAGCAGGCUGCCGAUAUCAUGGCGAGAGAGUAUUGA